AAUUACAAGGACAGACAAACGCUAGAAGUUUGUUACAAUAAACGACCCCUCUUCAGAAUCACAUUCCGCGCCUUUGAUAGUAGAAAUCAUGGCUGCGUCUGCAAGGGACAUCAAAACUGGCAAAGAUACGUUGAGCCUUAAUGUUUCGCAGAGCCAGAGUUUCUCGACUUCACCGAACGCUUCUUUUCAGUCCGCUCCGUCUAGCCAUAGUGGCUCGGCUUUCGCAACCCGCUUGGGCCCAAUCAUCAAUGCGAAGCACCUGAAGCCGUUUGCUACAGAGGAUAUCAAAGUUUUGCUCCUGGAAAACGUAAACCAGACUGGCCGGGAUAUCCUCAGCAAACAAGGAUAUCAAGUGGAAUUCCUCAAGUCGUCGCUUCCCGAGGAUGAACUUAUAGAGAAGAUCCGAGACGUCCAUGUGAUUGGAAUCCGUUCAAAGACCAAGUUGACGGAGCGCGUUCUAAAGGAGGCCCGUAAUCUCAUAGUUAUCGGUUGCUUUUGUAUUGGAACAAACCAGGUCGACCUGCAAUAUGCGGCGGAGCAUGGUAUUGCAGUAUUCAAUUCCCCUUUCAGCAAUUCUCGAAGUGUGGCUGAGUUGGUCAUUUGUGAAAUCAUCGCUCUUGCUCGCCAACUUGGGGAUCGUUCCAAUGAAAUGCACAAUGGUACUUGGAACAAGGUGAGCAACAAGUGCUGGGAGAUUCGAGGGAAAACACUAGGCAUCAUCGGGUAUGGUCACAUCGGUUCUCAGCUUUCGGUUCUAGCAGAGGCUAUGGGAAUGUCCGUCAUUUUUUACGACGUGGUAAAUCUCAUGGAGCUAGGCACGGCGCGCCAAGUUUCGACCCUAGAUGACCUCCUGUCUGAGGCUGAUUUCAUUACGUGCCAUGUGCCCGAGCUUCCUGAAACGAAGAACAUGCUGGGGCCAAGGCAGUUCGAGCUUAUGAAAGAUGGUAGUUAUUUAAUCAAUGCCAGCAGGGGGACUGUCGUCGAUAUACCUGCCCUGAUACACGCGAUGCGAUCCGGCAAGAUUGCGGGUGCUGCUCUUGAUGUUUAUCCAAAUGAACCCGCCGGAAAUGGAGAUUACUUCAACAACGAGCUAAACUCUUGGGGAACUGAUCUCCGUUCCCUGAAGAACCUCAUCCUGACUCCACACAUUGGUGGUAGUACUGAGGAGGCACAGCGUGCAAUUGGCGUUGAGGUCGCGGAAGCUUUGGUUAGAUAUGUCAACGAAGGUUCCACCUUAGGCGCUGUCAAUCUUCCAGAGGUCACCCUUCGUUCUCUCACAAUGGAUGAACCGGAUCAUGCUCGGGUUAUAUACAUCCAUCACAACGUCCCCGGUGUUUUGCGGAAAGUCAAUGAGAUCCUUGGCGAUCAUAACGUUGAUAAGCAAAUGACGGACAGUAGAGGAGAUGUUGCCUACUUGAUGGCUGAUAUCAGCAACGUCGAUAACGCGACGAUCAAGGACUUAUACGAGAGACUCGAAAGUCUUUCAUCUCGGAUUAUGACGAGGAUUCUGUAUUAAUUGAGCUCAACUUGGUCAAAAGCAUUUUUGCGUUUAAUCAUUCCACAUAGAUUAGAGCACAUACGCUGUGUGAAUUUGGCACAUUGAUCAGGUCAGGCGGGCAACUGUUCUUGUUUGGCACUGGUAGCAAAGUCCUUCAACGGCAUCCUUCUACCGAAAGUUGUUUGGAACGAUAUAAACUGUCGAAAAUAGUGGACGUUUAGUCGUCAAUAUGCUAGGAAAAAAUGUCUCGAUCUUUUUCUGACACAUUGCUGAUUUCGAAGCAGAAGAAGCGUUAAUAGUUUCUCGGUGUAAAGGAAAUGA